AUGGCUUAUGCUAAUUCAGACAUUACCAGUGGAGACAAAGCAUGUCUAAUGUGGUUUGGCAAGCUGAUUGAUAUGCGGGAGAUCGUUGAAGAUGGCUCAAGAACCAGAGAAGAAAGGAUGCUGAUAUAUGAGUACAUGCCAAACAAAAGCUUGGACUGCUUUAUUUUUGAUGAAAACAAGAAGUUGUUGCUGAACUGGCAAAAGCGGCGCGACAUAUUAAUUGGAAUUGCUAGAUGGCUUCUUUACCUACAUGAAGACUCCAGGCUAAGAAUCAUUCAUAGGGACCUUAAGAGUAGCAACAUCUUACUCGAUGAUGAGCUGAACCCUAAAAUAUCUGACUUUGAGUAUGCAAUUGCUGGGAAGUUUUCAGUGAAAUCUGAUGUCUUCAGUUUUGGAGUGCUUUUGUUAGAGAUAGGAAGUGGCACAAAGAACAGAAGGUUUCAUCAUCCUGAUCACCAUCACAAUCUUUUAGGACAUGAAAGUAUCAGUUAUUUUUUGCCAAAAAAAGAAGCAUGCUUACUGUGGAAACAAAACAAGGUUUUGGAGCUAGUAGAUAAAUGCUUGGAAAAUUCAUACGUUGAGUUUGAAUUGCUAAGAUGCAUUCAAGUCGGUCUAUUGUGUGUUCAAAAGCUGCAUGAAGACAGGCCAGCAAUGUCAUCUGUGGUUCUCAUGUUAAGCAAUGAGGGAGCAGCUUUGCCUCAGCCAAAGGAGCCUGUAUUCUUUAUAGAAAGAGAUUCUAUGGACUUUGAUAGCUCAGUAGACCAAGGAUUAAGCAACACAGGAACCACAAUUACCAUUACCACAGUGGAAGCUAGAUAA